AUGUCUGCAGUCUCCGAUGAACAGACUAACAGCACCCAUCCCGUUCUCCCAACAAAUGGCGAAGGCGCUGUGCGCCUUGGCCAAAAACAUAUUCGGCCCUCCCAGUCUUUAGAAGAUUACAGUCGGGUUAUGCUACAAUAUACACAAUGCCGGAUGACUGGUUUCGUCCGCACGGACAGCCACAAAUGCUCAUCUACAAGUCGAAGAAGCAGAAGUAGUGAUAGUAGUGAUUCUACCAGUGGCGUGCUAGCUCUUCAAAACCAGACGAGAAGCUCCGCAAGUGGCUCAAGCCGUAGCUCUCCUAGCAAUGGUCGCGAGAAACAUCAUUCCACCAAGGGCAAGCAAUUAUAA